CCCCUCCUCUUCAGUCCUUUCUGUAUUGUGAAGAAAACCCAGCUUCAGCCUUUCCCCUUCAUUUCUCCCUCUAAAACCCUCUCCCUCUCCCUCCCUCUCUCUUUUAUCUCUCCUCUUUUGAGUUUUAGCUCUCUGAAAGACAGAAUACAGUUAGGCGUUUUCUUGAGAGGCAUGGUGCUGGGGUUAUUCUCAGAGUUCUAAUUUUGACGGCUUCAGCAACUUUUCUGGCGAAUUUAUAAAAAUCAAAAUCUUGGUCUUUUGCCAGCAUGGGAUCUGCGUGUUGCGUUGCUGCUAGGGACAAGACUAUAGUAAGUGGAUCUGGAAGUGAAACGUUAUGUAGGAAUAUUAGGUAUUCGCCCAGUUGGAGCUUUCGAUGGGAUAAUCGUGGACGGGUAGCUGGUGAAGAGACUUCGAUAAAUUGGUUUUCUGAUAGUGUUGGCCGCAAUGAUAGAGUGGAACUGAAGUGUGAGUCAGCAUAUGCAUCAGAGGAUGGAAGUCCACUUGAACAUCUACGUAGACGCGGAUGGCAAAAGUCCCCACCGCCAGAAGGUACAACUAAUCAUUUGGGAACUCCUAGUUCAGGUCAAUCAAAUUCUAGGAAUCUAUCGACAGAUGUGAGUUUAGAACAGGUGAAGGAGGCUAUAGAAUCUCCCACAGCUUCAUACAAGUCUCCUGCAAAAUUGUCACUUUCUUUGCCUUCAACUUCAUCUUUGUCAACAUCUCCUUUGUCAUCUCAGAGUUAUCUGCCUCCAACCAAUUCGUCCCUAACAAGAUGUUCCCACCGAUCUCCUGGACAUCACCUGUUGCGUCAAGUGUCUGACAGCCGAAUCCGAGGAUUAAAAUCACCAAGUAGCUAUUUAGCUUCAGAAGAUAGACCAAGGCUUCCCUCUUGGAGUAAUGAAUCAGUCCGGGACUCACAUGGAGGGUCUUCAGAUUGUUGGUCUGUGCAUGCUUUCUCUGAACUCAUGGCCACUUCUCAUAGAGAAAGGUGGUCUUUUGAUAGUGACUCGUUUGGCUUCAACGGUGAGAAAAUAGCCAGAUCUAGUAGUCAGAUCUCAACUUCCUCGGUUGAUUUGCAAACUUGCGGAGUUUGCUCAAAGCUGCUGACCGAGAAAUCCUCGUGGAGUAGCCAAAGGAUUAUUGCGAACAAUGAACUUUCUGUUGCUGCUGUCCUAACCUGUGGACAUGUUUAUCAUGCUGAUUGCUUGGAGAGUAUGACACCCGAGAUUCACAAGUACGAUCCCGCUUGUCCUGUUUGUACCUUUGGGGAGAAGCAUACUCAAAAGUUGUCUGAAAAGGCGCUCAAGGCGGAAAUGGAUUGGAAGAGUCUAUACAAGAGAUCCAAAAAGUGUAUUGCAGAUAGCGAUUUUGAUGGCGAUUUUGCUGCAAACGACCGUUUCAAAAACAAUGCACGUCUCGAAAGGGGAUCGAAAUUGUCGGCCAGUUCUAGCAUGAGAAGCUCCUCAGGAAAGCCGUUCUUGAAACGCCACUUCUCCUUCGGCUCAAAGGGAUCUUCUAGAGUGAUGUCUGAUAAUCCCUCAACAAGAAGGAAAGGAUUCUUCUGGGCAAAAUCCAGCAGAGUAUAAUAGAUUCUAAUGGCCCCUCCACGUCAUGUCGGGAAGUUGUGUUUCGUGAAACAAGGGAACCAUCGACUUCUGUGCCUUGUCAAUGGAAACAUGGCCAUAAGAAGUAAAGUUGUGUUCCCACGUCCAUUGCAGCCAUUGAAAUAUGCUGCUCACUCAAAACCCAGGUGCCUUCCACAAAAUUGUUUGUAGUCUUGAAAAGUUUCAUGAAACAAGGAAUUGUCCGUCAACUUCAUAACUCCAAUUUAAAAUGUCUGUAUACAUAUCAAAGAUAUGAUAUAUAAAUGUUAUUUGAGUUGAAAUUCUUUGUUAUGGGUUCUUGUUUGUACACACUCAGCAUUUGUGUAAAAACAGAUUCCAAUUCUAAUCUUUCUCUAUCA